CUUACCAAAACAAACCUCAAUGGCGGCUGAAUGAGGUGCUGCUUUUUGUAGAUGUGCUUUCUUCGGGACUUAUUUUAGUCCAAAAACUGCAUUUAAAUAAAACAAUGGACGCGGCUGGAGAGGACGAACCGGACCCCAUAAAGCUGAAGUCUCUUAAGGACAAUAAAACUUUCACAGUGCCUCAAAAUUACAGGUUUGGGAGCUGCAGAAGUGUCAGAGAGUUUGAGAAACUCAACCGAAUAGGAGAAGGAACAUACGGCAUUGUGUACCGUGCCCGCGACACCAAGUCAGAUGAGAUUGUUGCCCUGAAAAAGGUGCGAAUGGACGCAGAGAAAGACGGGGUCCCCAUCAGCAGCCUCAGAGAGAUCACACUGCUGCUGAGGCUGAGACAUCCCAACAUAGUGGAGCUGAAAGAGGUGGUUGUCGGCACUCAGCUAGAAAGGUACUGCAUGGACACACCCACAAUAAAUGCUUUAGUGUUGUGCGUCAUCCUAAAAGUCUGCUUGUUUUUGAAGGGUCUACGACAUUGGUACAAGCAGAGCUGUGCUGCGUAAUGAUCUUCCUCUAAUCUUGUUAUUAGAGACCUGAAGGUGUCUAAUCUGCUGAUGACAGACAAAGGCUGCGUAAAGAUUGCUGAUUUCGGUCUGGCCCGGAUGUACGGCAUUCCUCAGCAACCCAUGACACCACGAGUAGUUACGCUGUGGUAUAGAGCACCAGAGCUCCUCCUAGGGACGAAGACUCAGACUACGGCUCUGGACAUGUGGGCAGUGGGCUGUAUCCUGGCUGAGCUGCUAGCCCACAAACCUCUGCUGCCUGGAACCUCUGAGAUCCAGCAGGUCGACCUGAUCGUUCAGCUGCUGGGAACUCCCAAUGAAAACAUCUGGCCGGGUUUCUCUCAGCUUCCCCUCAUCGGUCAGUACAGCCUGAGGAAGCAGCCAUACAACAACCUGAAGAACAAAUUCACCUGGCUGUCUGAUGCUGGACACAGACUGCUUAACCUGCUCUUCAUGUACAACCCCCAGCGCAGAGCUACUGCUAAAGAUUGCUUGGAGAGUUCGUACUUCAAAGAGAAACCUCUACCCUGCGAACCAGAGCUGAUGCCAACAUUCCCUCACCAUCGCAACAAGCGAGCGGCUCCUCCAGCAGAAAGCCACUCGAAGAGGAGCAAAGUGUGAAGAAACACUGGACUUACAGGCACACCUCUGCUGGGAAAAUGGCCACACUCAUGAAGAGCUUUUACUGUGGAGCUUUGAGCUAGUCCAAACCAGAAUCAGCUUCAGCACAGCUGUAGUGAAAAGGCAGACAAACUUACUGCUGGACUGUUAAAAAAAGGGACACAGAGUCUACAGCGAGCAGUCAAGAAAAGGCUGGAAGUACAACCUGCGGUCUGAGGUGUGGUCUGAGAGCACAGCACAUUCAUCAAAGAAAGAGAAACGGCCCCAUUUUAGAUUUUGUGUCUGAGUUACCAUUUCCAACGGCAAGUAAGAUGCUACAGUUACGAGAAGAGACUUCAUAAUCGCAAAUUCUAGAGUGGCUUUGCAUGGUUCACAGUUCAAAAUCAUCCUUGUGUAUCCUCUCAGUUCAUCUUCUAUCAGAAACAAGCUGUUUUAAUUCCUAAUUUUAACUCUUUCACCUGUAAAAACAUUUGACAACCUUCUCUGGACCGUUAAUGACACCUCAAUAUAUAAUAUGUGGUGUGAGUAACCUCAUUAACUUCUGAUUCACACACAGCCCUUAAAAUAUGACAGAAAGCACAAAAAAGAAAAAACAAGUGUUUACCCAUAGUAGGCAUCCAAGGAGGAAAGAGUUAAGGCAGCUGUCCUCUGAUUGGCCUUUCCUUCAUUAACAGACGGCCUGAAAAGCCGGCUGUGCCUUAGACGAACAUAUUGGGGAUAUUCCCUCUCUGACAUCAUAAAUGUCCCUGUUGAGAGCAGCUUGAAGCCUGAGCUUUUGGCAUAUUCUUAUUUAAAACUUUGACAAUGUUUAAUUUGAAUCUAAUAAAGUUUAAUAAACGUCUGGAACAG